CUUUAUUCACACAGAGAGACACAUCUGACUUAUACAAGUCAACCGAGCUGCUCUCGUACCCUCAGUUCAAGCUUCCCCUCCAGACCUUCAAUCGCCAUAUCAGGCAUCUGUUGGAUUACUGUGCAUCAAUUCUGGAUCACUUGCUGAGAUCACCUUCCAUUCAGUGCUGCGCAAAUGUUUAUAAUGGAUUUACGAUUGUUGCACACAGCUUAGUAAUAAAAAGUGUCGAAGUGAAAAGAUAGAGAAGUGGUAAUUUACCAUCUCAACGAAAGGACCAUAGGACAGUCUUUAGACACUGGAGGACUGCCAUCAUCAAAAUGGCAACCAAUAGGGAGAGGCCUAUGAGUCAUAUGACAGGGUUCUACCCUUUUGCCUUCAGUUCAAUGCGAAACCACUCCCCCUUUGAUCUUCUGGCCAAUGGCAGCCUAUUUGGACGAUUUGGAGCGGACCUUCCCAAAGAGAUGGCAGCUCUGUCGGUGGAGACCCAGAGCACAAGCUCAGAGGAGAUGGUUCCCAGUUCUCCUUCUCCACCCCCUCCUCCUCGUAUCUAUAAACCCUGCUUUGUGUGCCAGGACAAAUCUUCUGGCUACCAUUAUGGAGUCAGCUCUUGUGAGGGCUGCAAGGGUUUUUUCCGUCGCAGUAUCCAGAAGAACAUGGUGUACACCUGCCACAGAGACAAAAACUGCCAGAUCAAUAAGGUGACACGGAACCGCUGUCAGUACUGCCGGCUGCAGAAGUGCUUUGAGGUUGGCAUGUCUAAGGAAGGUAAAAAUCAGAGCACGGUCCGGAAUGACAGGAAUAAGAAAAAGAAGGACAUAAAAGAGGAGGUGGUUCUUCCAGAAAGCUACGAGCUGAGUGGUGAACUGGAAGAACUGGUUAAUAAAGUCAGCAAAGCACACAGGGAAACCUUCCCUUCGCUCUGUCAGCUCGGAAAAUACACGACUAAUUCCAGUGCGGAUCAUAGGGUUCAGCUGGAUCUUGGACUGUGGGAUAAGUUCAGUGAGCUCUCCACAAAGUGCAUUAUAAAGAUUGUGGAGUUUGCCAAACGUGUGCCAGGUUUUACUUCACUCACCAUUGCAGACCAGAUCACCUUGCUGAAAUCUGCCUGCCUUGAUAUACUGAUGUUGCGGAUUUGCACUCGCUACACUCCAGAACAGGACACUAUGACCUUUUCGGAUGGACUGACCCUCAACAGAACACAGAUGCACAACGCUGGUUUCGGCCCACUCACAGACCUGGUGUUUGCUUUCGCUGGGCAGCUCCUGCCCCUGGAGAUGGACGACACAGAGACAGGGCUCCUUAGCGCCAUCUGCCUCAUCUGCGGAGACCGCAUGGACCUGGAGGAACCUCAUCGGGUGGACCAGCUACAGGAGCCUCUGCUAGAGGCCUUAAAGAUCUACGCUCGCCGGCGACGCCCCAACAAGCCUCACAUGUUCCCACGAAUGUUGAUGAAGGUCACUGACCUCCGAGGCAUCAGCACUAAAGGAGCAGAGCGAGCCAUCACUCUAAAGAUGGAGAUCCCAGGCCCCAUGCCUCCUCUGAUCAGAGAGAUGCUGGAGAACCCUGAGGUCUUUGAGGAGAGCUCUGACUCUAAAGACACCGGUGCUUCUGCCCCCCUGCCGCCUCCCACCAUCCAGGCCAUCAAACGUGAGAGGGAUGAGGAAUCUGCUCUGGAGGAUGAAGAAGACGAGGAUGAUGAGUGUGUGGAGGAGGGACGGGACCGAGCAGGGGACAGCGAGGAUGAGGAAUAUGGACUCCUGCAAGUGGACAUGGGCGGAACUAGGAAGAGUUCGACAGGAAGAGCACAGUGACCGCCGGAGGACAGUAUGUAUGCGGGUCUGAUACAUACAGUGGACAACACUGGUAUUCCAGACACCUUAUUGGUUGAUACAAACAAAAUCAUUCAGUCAAGCAAUUUCCCAUAAUGACUCAAAAAAUAAGCUUCAUAUGACAAAGAACAUGCACAACUUUGCACAUCUAGUUUCCCCCAACUUUUCAAAAGCAGUAAAAAUGAACCGUAUAAAAAGAGAAAACCUUAAGAACAUGCCAACACUGUUACUUCAGACAGUGCUUCUCUAACUGAAAAGAGAGAAAGGAAAAAGAAUUCAAGACCAGAGAAAGAUACGCCACAGUGCCAUAUCUGGAAGUUACUUGUAUGCAUAUUUUGUACUUCAUUUGGAGAUGCCAAAUAUUUUAGAAUGCAUCCCAAAGCCUUGUUCUGUAAGGGAAACAUUUUUUAAUGACUGCAUGUGGAUACAUAAUCAGAGCUGAUCAAUGAGAAAAGAAAAAAAGAACAGCAAACAAUCACAUACAGUAAAUGACCAGUUCAACACAAUGGUCUAAAAACAUACAUUUACUGCAUAAUGUAACUUUGUACUCUUGAUGUCGCAUUGUCUCAGUUCUAUUUUAUUUUGAAUAUUCUCAGCAACUCUGUGCUUCUUUCAGUGUGUUAUUAUGUGUUACUGAUGACAUGCCUCUUUACGAAACACUCCAAAUUCACAGCCCUGCAGCCAUACAACUCUACAUCUAAAUUUGACACUUACACCAACUUUAGGUUUUGGGCAUUAGAAUAUUAUAAAAUUACAUUUAAAGAUUGAAAUACAUCACAUUAUUACAAAUCAAACCUUUCACUCAGGGCAAAUCAAGGACCAAAGGUGAUCUGCAUUUCUCAGAACAUGCGUGCACUAUACAUAUAUUUUGUCUUCAGCUAUUCUAUAUCAUUAAGCAAAAAGAAACAUUAAAAGCUCAAAUGUAACACUUUUCUCUGGGAUUUAGAAGAGUUGUGUGAUUAGGUGUUAAAAGCAAUAGCACACUGAUAUGUUAGAUAAAAAGAAAAAGAAGAAGGGUGUCAAACAUGAGCCGAGCAUCUCAGCAAAUAUGAGCAGUGGUGUGCACAAACUGUUCCUUUCAGUCUCGCAAUAACUGACUAUAAAAUAUAUUCGUUUCUUUGCAGGUAGUGAAAGAAAAAUGUUCAAAUUAUUGAGCUGUAUAAUAAAAGAGUUUUAAAACCCCAGCAGAUCGGAGAGGCUUCGAGAAUUGACUGUGUAUUGCUUUAAUGGAUGUUCAUCAAACUAUAUAAUAAUAAUAAAACUCAAAUUUCGAUUACAUCAGUCUGUUAGAAUUGCCGACUUUAUAAGAGUGAUAAAAUAAGAGUGGUCGCUUUGUACAAUUCAUAUCAUUAAAAAAACAGAAGAGUUGUCUAAUUCAACCAAACAUUAACCGUAACCAAUAAGCCAUUUUUUAAAAACUCUAUAACAGCAUUCUUUGAAGUGUGUUUGAAUAUUUCAUAUUAAUAUGGUAAUCAUUCAGUACAACAACCUGUAUGGUGCCAUGCAAUUACCACAUUCAUAUACCAUGGUAUUUACAUUUUAAUCCAAAUGUGCUUCAAAACUUCAAAGAGUACCAUGAUAUUAAUAACAUGAUAUUACUAUGUUAACAGUUAUUUGUAGGUGAGAAUUAUCAUAGGGUAGGAUGUUUUUGAUUAAAAAGCACAAUACAUAUUACAAAAUUAGUUCUAUAGCAUUUUUUCAGUAUCCCUUUUGUCCUUCCGCCCUGCUAAGGUCUGUGCCCGCCACUGAUGACAACUUUAUACCUCCUCACAUGACAGAACAGUGUUACCAAAACAACUCAGAAGCUUCUGAUUGCUGCGUAUAUAGAAGCGGCACAGCAAGAUAUUUGGGAUAGAGCCAUAUGGUUUAAGGUUGUAAGCUGCGUGCAUGCAUACUUGUAUACUAUUUGCUUAAAACUGUAAAGAUAUCUCUUUUCAUCUCUCUACUUUUGUGUCACUGCAAACCAUUUUAUUUUAAUACAU